GGAGGCCGGCGGGGAGCCCCAGAGCCCCGGCAGCUGAAACAUGGGCCUCCUGGCGAGGCUGCGGAAGGAGUGGUUCAUCAUCGGGAUCGUGCUGGUCAUCCUGUCGGCCAAACUGCAGCCGAGCGUCGGAGUCAGAGGAGGUCCAUUGAGGCCGGAGAUCACCGUGGCCUACGUGGCCGUCUCUCUGAUCUUCUUCAACAGCGGCCUGUCGCUGAAGACGGAGGAGCUGACCAGCGCUCUGCUUCAUGUCCGCCUCCACCUCUUUGUUCAGUCCUUCACACUCGUCUUCUUCCCGCUGGCCGUCUGGAUGCUGCUCAGAGUCCUUGAACUCACCGCCAUCGACCAGUGGCUGCUCAGAGGGUUACAGACGGUGAGCUGUAUGCCUCCUCCGGUUUCCUCUGCUGUGAUUCUCACCAAGGCUGUCGGAGGCAACGAGGCUGCGGCCAUCUUCAACUCGGCGUUCGGCAGCUUCCUGGGGAUCGUAGUGACUCCAGUGCUGCUGCUGCUGUUCCUGGGUUCGUCCUCCUCGGUUCCGUUCUCCUCCAUCUUCUCCCAGCUCUUCAUGACCGUGGUGGUUCCUCUGGUUCUGGGUCAGGUGUGCCGUGGGUUCCUCAGGGAGCUCCUGGAGCGACGGAAGCCUCCGUUCGGCGCCGUCAGCAGCUGCGUCCUGCUCAUGAUCAUCUACACGACCUUCUGCGACACCUUCAGCAACCCCAACAUCGAGCUGGACCCCACCAGCCUGCUGCUGGUCAUCCUCAUCAUUUUCUCCAUUCAGAUCAGCUUCAUGCUGCUCACCUUUGCCUUUUCUACCAGGUCGGGUUCUGGGUUCAGUCCGGCCGAUACCGUUGCCAUCAUGUUCUGUUCAACACACAAGUCGCUCACUCUGGGAAUCCCGAUGCUGAAGAUUGUGUUUGAAGGCUACGAGCAUCUGUCUCUGAUCUCCGUUCCUCUGCUCAUCUACCAUCCAGCUCAGAUCCUGCUGGGAUCCAUCCUGGUGCCGAGUAUCAGAGGAUGGAUGACCAGCAGACACAAGGCGGUGAAGCUGUCAGCUCUUCAGCCCGUCUGACAUUGAAGAAUCGAAGCUUUGACGUUGCUGUGAAACCUUUCGGACUGUGGCGGAGGGAUACGUUAGUGCCUUAUUACAACCAAUCAACACAGACCUCAGCGCAGUGGAGGGGACGAAGCUCGCCUCCAUAUUUCUGCGCUAAAGAAAAACUCGUAUAUCCACAUUUUAUAUUUGAAAGAAGCACAUAUUUUAUUUUUAUAUGGAAUAAUCCACGAAUUCCUACAAAAUGAGGAUGGCUGUGUUUUUCUGUUUGGGUUUGAGAAUCUGUUACUGGGAGUUCUGGGACCAUCGUCUUAUUUUUCUACUCUCAGCUCACUGUUACUGCCAGAAAAUGAUGUUUGUUACCUUAUCGUGUGUUACUCGCUGUAUUGUCUGACAUUAAUAUACAGUAUAAUAAGAGCUGUUUGGGUUUGUGACCUCCUGAAAUAACUCAUGUGUCUGUAGAAAGAGUCCUGUGGUGAGGAGACGGUGAACUGAUGCUCUGUCCGACAUGUCAACAGCAUGAAGGUGGAGGUAGGAAGUCUGAUCUAACCAAGUCUCUGGUCCAGAAGGACUUUUUUUUUUUUAACUUGGACCAAGAAGGAGUGCAGAAAAAGCAAAUCUUCAGUGAAAUCAGGCUCUAAAUGUACGUUAAUAUGCAGACAAUACUCUAUUAUACAUAGCUAACAUGUUCCACAAACCAAAGUCCAGGUUAAAGAUGUUCAGAGUUUACAGAAAAAACUGAUCUGUUAGAACCAGCUGGAACCAGAUUACCGUAUUCAGACACGGGACAGUGAAUGCAUCAUCAUCAGAACCAAAUGUGCAUCUCUAUGUAGACGAUACUCUGUCCUCAGUAAGUUGUGAAAUCUCUUUGUUCCGCCAAUCAAAAUCUGGUUUAAAGACAUGGAUGUUCUGAUUUUACAGAAAAAAUCUGAUCUAUGGGAACCAGCUGGAACCAGAUUACCGUAUUGAGAGGCAGGACAGUGAAUGCAUCAUCAUCAGAACCAAAUGUACAACUCUAUGUAGACGAUACUCUGUUCUCAGUAAGUUAUGAAGUUUCUUUGUUUCACCAACCAAAGUCCGGUUUCAAGAUGUGGACGUUCUGUAAACAUGAUCUGACUGGAUUUCACAGAAACAAUUUGAUCUGCUGGAACCCUUUUGAAGUUGUGCAACCAGAUUACCGUAUUCAGAAGCCUGAAAAUGAAUGCAUCCUCACUAGAACCCAUCAGAUGUGGAGCUGCAUUGGACUGUUAUUAUCCCGACCAGAAGCACAGUGUUUCCUCUACGGACCAAACUGACAUUAAUAAGGGCAGGACUUUGCUCAGGGGCACCCAGGCAGCAACUCUGUAUGUUGUUUCUUCUUUCACUACCAGCCUUAUAUUCUCUGGUGUUUCUGAUUCUGGGCGCCUUCAUUGACAGUUAGAGGACUCUGGUAGUCGACUCAGCUGAUUGUGUUUCAGUUGUAGCAGGAGAUGACCUUAGUUCGGACAGAUUCCUGAACAACCACUGCUAGUUGUAGCGCUGCUGGCUGAAUUAGUUAAGAUGAAGUCCAACCUGUGAACCACCUGGUUACUCAGGCGGGUUAAUUAGUUUGUUGACCUGCUCUCAACGUACUUUGGUUGCCCUCCAGCAUUAAUCCAUUACUUUAUGUGUCAGGAGGAACAGAUUACCUGUAACACCCUCGUGUGUUUACAGCUUUGGACUGGUCCAACCUGAUGGAGGCUGUUAGGUCUGAUUUAUUUAACGUUUACUGAGCGUUUACUGGUGUCGACUCCAAACUAACUCAGACAGACGGUUUAUGACAACUCAACAAACAACAUGACCAUUUUUCAUUUGCUUCAAACUUUCUUUUCAUCAUUAACUCUGGAUAUUUACAAUUCUACUAUUUCAUUUAGCUUUUAUCCCAAGCAACGUACAUCUGAGAGUAGAAGUACUAUUUAAAAUGGUGUCUGUGAAAAAACAUGCCCAUUUAAAAACAAACAACAGUAUUUUCUUAGAUAUAUUUGUAGAACUAUUUUAAAUAUCUACUAAUAUUUUAGUUUUUGUGGCACAGCUUGUUAAACUUCCUCAAUCAGUUAUAAAAGUUCAACAAAAUACCUCAAGUAUUUCACAUUACAAGUAUUCUAUAUGUUUAGUUUUAUAUUAUGCAGUUACAUGUGGUUCAAAAAAUAUCAUGAGUUGACUUCUGUGUUAUCAAGAUGACUUCAUUUUUUUAAUAUUCCGAGACUAUUUGAUCUAUUUGUCCAAUAUUACAGAUUCUAACUCAAUGUUACGAUAAGAAAUAACAAAGAAAAUUUCAUGUUUUUAUCUUUAAAAGUUCCUCAGAUGUUGUUCAAACAGCCUCAAUUUCAAUGUGUGAAAAAAACCUGUUAAAAAUCAGCUGAUAGAUAUUUCUUUUUUUUAAACAAUCGUCUCUAAAAGUGCUUGAUAUAUCAAUCUACAAUUUCCCAAUUAUCUUUAUAAAUAUCCAGAGUUAAUGUCAACAAGUGAAUCAGUGUUUCCCAAAGUCCAACAUGAUAAAUGUCUUGUUUUGUUAAAGUUAUUCAGAAGUCUGACUCACUCUCUGAGGACAUUUUAAACUCUGGAGUUUGAUAAUUGCACUUUUUUAAAAUUGAUUUCAGCCGCAGUGGAAACACGUUGUGACUAAGUUGCUGUGGUGAACUGCUUAGCAGACAGUGCAUUGUUUUAACACUCAAGUCCAAUAUUCACUCUUUUAGCUCAUAUUUUGGUCUCCACCUCCUUCCAACAUCAUUCACUGUUUGCAUUCUAACCAAGUCUGUGGUCCAUAAGGGCAUUUUUAACUUGGACCAAUAAGGACUGCAGAAAACUCAAGUCUUCAGUGACAUCAGGUUCUAAAUGUACGUCUAUAUGCAGAUGAUACUCUAUUAUACAUAGCUAACAUGUUCCACAAACCAAAGUCCAGUUUAAAGACGAUGUUCUGAUCUUACUAGAAAAAUCUGAUCUGUGGGAACCAGCUGGAACCAGAUUACCGUAUUCAGAAGCAGGACAGUGAAUGCAUCAUCAUCAGAACCAAAUGUAUAUCUCUAUGUAGACGAUACUCUGUUCUCAGUAAGUUAGGAAGUUUCUUUGUUCUGCCAACCAAAGUCCGGUUUAAAGACAUGGAUGUCUUUCCCUCCUGAGGGAAAUAUUGGCUCUUUAGCUGCUAAAUACUCCACUAUGCUCAACAGCUUAUUGGAUAUAUGCACUAAUUAAAUUUUAUAUAUAUCAAUAAAACAAAUAUUUACACACUGUUUUCAUAAAAGUAGCAUUAAAAAACAAACUAAAAGCGGCAUCUUGAUCUCAAAUUCAAACAUGUAAAGUUGCAGAAACAUCAGUUUAACUUGACUGUUAACACACUUUUGGAGGCACUGAAUCAACAUUUAGUGUUUUACUUACUUUACUGUUACCCAGACUUGCCAUUACCAUGAUACUUCUUAACUUGCUCGUCCUGCCAGGUGCAAAUAUUCAGCUUUACGAACAUUAUUCUUCAACAACUUGUAACUGAACUUUGUCACCGUGUCUGAUCGAUGAGUGAAGGUUUAUCUCCGAGCUUCACAGAAACAAACCUCAUCAGAUUGUUCACCUUUCUGACUUCCUGAGUCUGUUACUGUGGAAUGUUUUGGAGCCUUUACAGCUUAUAUGUCUUUAUAUUGGUCGUCCAGGUAACGGUCGAGUUUACAGUCUUGACCUGUUUACAGUGUGAUUGUUUUACCUGAACUUUCUGUUGGGAACAAAGGCAGCGUGUCGAUGUGUGGGUCUGUUCUUGUGCUUGCUGAUUAAAAAAUACGAGGAAAUGAA